GAUUGGUAAGCUGGUUUCGAGACUUCGAGAAACUUCACAGUCGCACUGCAUCACCGGUGUAGCCGCGACGUCGCAGUUCCAUUCCAGCUAUAAAAUUGCGUCAGAAAUAUUUACAAGUGCAUUUCGAGUUUUGUUGCAGCAGCGAAAAGAUGUUUCGACAAGUUUUCCCACGAAUUUGUAGAAAUCUUCGAGGACCAUGUCGGCAGAUGAGCAAAAAGAGCGGCUUUGUCAUGAGGUUUAGACCGAGGGAAAGAGCGAUGCCAUGGAACCGAUUUUUUGAUGACUUUCCUCCCCGAACUCCGUUCCGGGCUUUUGACGAAGCGUGUGAAAACAUGGCCAACAGGAUGGAGAGGAUGAUGUCCCCGGGGUGGCCGGGCUACAUGGCGCGACCCGUCGGACGCUGCCGCAUGGCCGCGAUGGCGGAGGAUGCAGGAACCGAGGUGAAGUACGACAACAAGUCUUUCCAGGUGAAGGUCGACGUGGACCAGUUCGAGCCGGAGGAACUGAACGUCAAGGUGUCGGGGAACAGACUGGUCAUCAGUGGACAUCACGAGUCGAAACCCGACGAGCACGGCUUUGUGUCGAGGGAGUUCACACGCGAGUUCAUCAUACCAGAGGAUGUUGAUUUGGAAAGUCUGACCUCUCAGAUAACAGAAGACGGUGUCCUCGUGGUUGAUGCCUUGGUGAAAUCUUCUCCACAGCUGGAGGAGAAAUCUAUCAAAAUAGAGCGGCAACCCGCUGAAAAGACGGACACAGACAAGAGCUAAAUACAAUCGAAUGAGCUUGACUGUAUAAAGACAGUUUUGUGCUUGUGACUGUGAUGGAAUCGGUGUGAUGUGAUGACAUGUCCAUAAAUAGACAAGGGCGAUCAAGUUCAGUGAAGGCUGGCUAUGUGUGUAUAGCAAUUAGUGCUUGUUGUAACAGUGAUGUCUGUGUGUCUGUAAUAAAUUGAUAAUGAAAAUA